AUGAGAUCAGAAAAUAUAUUUCACUCAAAAAGAGGAAGUAUAAUUUUUGAUAUUACUGAUGUAAUUGUACUUCGUGAUGGAAGAGUGUUGACAAAACCAAAAUCAUCAAGUAAUGAAGAAAGUAAUCGUUUACCAGCUAUGGCUACAAGUGAUAUUGGCGAAGAAAUGCAAAAUUUAGAAGAUGAUGAAGGUGAUGAAGAAUUUCCCAGUUUAGAUGAUAUUCAAAUCCUUGUCAUACAUCAAUGGAUUCUACCCUCAGAAAAAUCUGUCAAAGAUAUUUUUGCUGAAAAUAUGUUCCAACAUGCGGAAGUAUUGAAAAAUAAAGAAAACAUUCGAACUAGUAUAAAACUUAUGAAUUUACAAAAUGUUUAUAGGAGAGAGUCUUUUUGUCCCUUGAGUCGAUCAUCAACUUAUGAAAAAGGACGGUGUGAUAUUCGAUUUUUAAGCUCUACUGGGAUGGAUAUUGGGGAAUGGGAAUUCUCUGCACGAACCACUCCAGCAAAGGCAAUUGGAAAUCGGGGUCGUUCUGCAAGGGUUAAUCAAAACAUAUUGAAUGGCAUGCUACGAUUAGACUUAACAAAAGAACAAUUAGAAACAACAAAGGUUCCUUUUUUGCAGAUUUCUGGUGUAUAUGGACAAAUGUUGGUAGAAGACUUAGUAAAUGGUUAUUAUGUUGUUUUUCCCGGACCAACAUUUGAGUUACCAAUCAAAUUAUCCCAUAUUAAAAAGUUAAGGACAACAUUAAAAAUUUUUAAAUAUGUAUUGGUAAUCAACAACACGCUUUGUGAAUUGGAUCAUGGAUAUAACCCACUUAAUAAUAAUUGCGAACCUUCACAUUACAAAUCAACUUUUAUUCAUGAUCCUUGGUGGACACCAAAAAAGAAUAUUUCUUCUCAAUUUAUAGAUGCGUUUAAAGAAAUGCAAAGCGAGAAAAGAAUGAAGUAUAUGAUUUUAUAG